GCAGGUUUUCAGGGAAAAAAUUGCGAACUUGAUAUAGACGCCUGUUCUCUACCAGACACUGCGUGUCAAUCAAGAACUCAGUGUUUGGACCUCCCUUAUGGCCUUGAAUACACCUGCCGUAUACCCUGCCCUACAAAUCUUCAGCCGUGUGCCCAUGGAGGCCGCUGUGUGCUGAAUAAUGCCAGCAGCUACAUGUGCAUCUGUGCACAUGGUUGGUCUGGUCAGAACUGCCGCAUAAAUGUCAACGAUUGUGUCCAACACUGGUGUCAAAAUGGAGCCACUUGUGUGGACGAGAUUGAUGGUUACAGCUGCCUUUGUCCCAGUGGAUACACAGGGGUCUACUGUGAGCAGGACAUUGAUUACUGUGUCGACAGUCGCUGCUCUGAACAUGGUGUUUGCCUGGACCAGCGGUAUAACUUCACCUGCCGAUGCAUGCUGGGAUAUGAGGGGCCGCUGUGUGAUGUGGAAGCAAAUGAGUGCAACAGUUUCCCCUGCUCUAACGGCGCCACCUGUGUGGACCUAAUCAGUGAUUAUCGGUGCCACUGUCCCCCGGGGUUUGAGGGAAGGACGUGCUCUCAGAAUGUAAAUGAUUGUUGGUCGCAGCCUUGUCUAAAUGGAGGCUCAUGUGUGGAUCUGAUAAAUGACUACAUUUGUCACUGUCCUCUUGGGUUUAAAGGAAAAGAUUGCUCUGUGGAUAUUGACCUUUGCUCAUUUGGACUAUGCAGCGAACACACAUUAAUAUGCACCGAGAGCCGGGAUGGGCAGAAUGUCUCUUGCACAUGUGAAAAAGGGUAUGGAGGUGCAUUUUGUGAAGUAAAUCUCGACGAAUGUGAAUCAAAACCGUGUCAGAAUGGAGGAAUUUGUGUGGAUGACCUUGACCAGUAUCAGUGUUUGUGCUUGGAAGGCUUUGGGGGUUUCAACUGUGAAAUCAACCAUGAUGAAUGUGUCCACGGAUACUGUGCCAAUAAUUCCACGUGUAUUGACUUGGUUGCAGACUAUGAGUGUAUCUGUCCUUCAGGUUUUGGUGGUAAGAAUUGCUCCAUAUCUUUGUCUGCAUGCACAACUGACCCACUCCUCUGUAGAAAUGGAGGAACUUGUUUCCUUUCUUACACUGAGGAAGUACAGUGCAUUUGCCCCUUAGGAAAAUGGUGUGGAAACCGCUUACGGCACAUCACUCUCUUCUUUGAUCCUGCCUCUUUUUCAGGCUACAGUGGCGGAGACUGCUCGUCGUCGGUGAACCAGUGUGUGUCAAAUCCAUGUGACCCUGAAGGGACCAUUCUCUGUGAAGAGCUGAAAAGUACUUAUAGAUGUGUGUGCCAUCAUGGCAACACGGGAACACGCUGUGAGACACCUAUAAACCACUGUGUUGACGGCCUUUGUCAACACGGUUCAGCAUGUGUGGAUCUGUCAAGAGGUUUCGAAUGCGAUUGUUUACCAGGUUUAACAGGUCAGUUUUGUGAGAUAAACAUUGAUGAUUGUGAACUGGAUCCAUGUGGACUCCUCAGCAUUUGUAAAGACUCUCUGAAUGGCUAUAAUUGCUUCUGCGCACCUGGAUUUAUUGGAAAUAACUGUGAGAUUGAAGUGAAUGAAUGUCUGAGUCGCCCUUGCGAAAAUGGGGGGUCAUGCAUUGAUGAGCUCAACUCAUUUAGUUGCGACUGUCCUGCUGGAAUAACAGGUAACUUCUGUGAAGUCAAUAUAGAUGAAUGCAUUUCCUCUCCUUGCCUGCACAAUGCUACAUGUGUCGACCUUCUUCAUGGCUACAAAUGUGUGUGCAAGUUUGGCUUUACAGGUACAGAAUGUGAGCUUGACAUUGAUGAGUGUGCUUCAUCUCCUUGCAAGAAUGGCGCAACGUGCAUUGACCUGCCCGGUAAUUACUUCUGCCAGUGUGUGGCUCCAUUUAAAGGUUAUAAGUGUGAAUUCUUGCCCUGUGAGGCCAAUAAUCCCUGCGAGAACGGUGCUGUGUGUGUGGAAGAGUUGGAUCAGGACCGUUUUCCUUUGGGCUUCCGCUGUCACUGUCGUCAGGGCUUCUCUGGCCCCCGUUGUGAAAUCAAUGUGGAUGAGUGCAGCUCUAGUCCCUGUUUUCACGGUUUCUGCUAUGAUGUUGUAGAUGGGUUUUACUGCCUUUGUAGUCCUGGUUAUGCUGGCCUGAGAUGUGAGGAAGACAUUGAUGACUGCGUGAACAGUUUGUGCAGUCCCAACUCUGUCUGUAAGGAUCUCCAUCAGAGCUAUGACUGUGUGUGUCAGUCCGGAUGGGAGGGGAAAUACUGCCAACGAGAAAUUGAUGAAUGUUUGUCGCUGCCUUGCAAAAACAACGCCACCUGCGCAGACCUUCUUGACGGCUACAAGUGUUUUUGUUCACCGGGCUGGACAGGUGUGGACUGUGCACAGGAUGUGAAUGAGUGUGAUUCUGGACCCUGUCUAAAUGGAGCUCGGUGCACGCAGUCAGACAUACCUGGGGAGUUCUCCUGCACCUGUUCCCCCUUCUUCACUGGCCUCUUGUGUGACCUGCCUUAUGACCCCUGCGACUCCCUCCACAACCCCUGCCUGCACGGUUCCACCUGCCUGACACGCUCCAAUGGAACAGCCUCUUGCAGAUGCCCAGCUGGCUUCCAAGGAAGUUUGUGUGAAAUUGACACCAAUGAGUGUGGUUCAAACCCAUGCCAAAACCAUGGGAAAUGUGUGGACCAGGUCAAUGGUUUCAGGUGUGAUUGUCAGAUGGGAUUUUCUGGCCUUCUCUGUGAGGAAGACAUCAAUGAAUGUGCCUCCAACCCUUGCAGCAAUGCAGGCAUCUGUCAGGACCUUGUAAAUAAGUUCCACUGCGUUUGCCCUUCUGGUUAUUUUGGAGUGUUGUGUGACCUGGAUGUGAACGAGUGUGAAGUCUCACCUUGCCUACAUGAGGGCAUCUGUAUCAACACACCCGGAGGCUUCAAGUGCAUCUGCCGGCCUGGAUACACAGGGUUACGGUGUGAAGUGAACAUCAAUGAGUGUAUUUCUAGUCCAUGCCAAAAUGGUGGAAGAUGUAUUGAUGGGCCUAAUCAAUAUCACUGCUGGUGUCCUGAUGGCCUCAUUGGGCUCCACUGUGAGUCCAACGUUGAUGAAUGCAUGUCAGCACCUUGUCUUCAUGGAAGCUGCAAAGAUGGAAUAAAUUCAUACACCUGCUUUUGUGAGACGGGGUGGAUCGGCAGCAGAUGUGAAACAAACAUUGAUGACUGUGCCCUCAAUCCCUGUUUGAAUGGAGGCUCGUGUGUAGAUCUCAUUGAUAAAUACGCAUGCUUCUGUCUGGAUGGGUUCACAGGAAAGACUUGUGAAAAUGACAUAGAUGUUUGCAGAGACACCGCUUUAAAUGUCCCACUGUGCUUCAAUGGAGCCACUUGCCUUGAUGGCGAAGGAUCAAAUUUCACUUGCAUGUAAGUUUCCACAGAAUCUGUUCUAAUGAUCUGCAAAUAUUCUACAUCGAUGGACAAAGAAGAAAAUAGUUCAAAUGACAUUUUGCUGAAUCUUUUUGUGAAUACCUGUCGGCCUAAUACAGCUCAGUAGUUAUAUGAAACUACUAAACAUGACUAGUUUUGAUUUUUAGGGAUAUUUGCAAUGGUCUAGCCUAAAGUAAAUUUUCAGUUCUUACCGGCAAGCUGACCUGCUAGCUGGGCUCUAUUGUGUACAGUG